CCGGGAAAAACUCCGUGUCUUGUGUAACCAGUACCAGAAGAAAUCGAAGCUGUGUGACGACCGUUGUCAGUGUUGCAAGGUUUCCAAGGAUAUUCCAAGCUCCCAAGGUUUAUUCCACCGACAAAACGACAAACGGUAAACGGUAAACGGUAAACGUCAAGAGUUACCAAGUUACCAAGUUACCAAGUAACCCAGUUACCACCGCCUCAUUUUUAAACCUUUGGACAAGCACAAAAAUAUAACCUAAUAACCUAAUCAGUUUUUUAUAUUUUAUAUUACUACCUAUUUAUUACCCUGCCUUGCCAUCAGGCAAUGGAGUCUGACCCAAAUGACCCAAACGGUCCUGGUCCUAGCAAACGUCGACUGCUUUCAAUUGCACCAGCCCCAACCAGCGGGUCGGGUCAAGGCAGAUCUGCAGAUGCGGGCUCGAGGGGUAGAAGACAAGUGACGGCUGCGUGUGAAGCUUGCCGGAAAAGGAAGUCAAAGUGUAACGCUGAACGCCCAAGAUGUGGUCUCUGUGUGAGACAUGGGACAGAUUGUCGAUAUGCUACGGCCCCAAAAGAAACACACUCGCAGGCCUUGAAACGGAAGCAUAGCGAGUUGCAAAACCGAAUCACCCCCUACGAAGAGCUCUAUGAUCUCCUCAAAACCAAGACCGAGACCGAAUCUCUCGAGAUCCUGAGAAGGAUCCGAUCUGGCAACGAUGUCAGUUCUAUCUUGCGUCACGCAAAGGAUGGAGAUCUUCUCAUACAGCUCUCCUUGGCCCCUGAAGCUCGGCGCCGAUACGAAUUUCCCUACAUCACUGACAUGCCAGCUUCCAUCUUGGUGUCGGACAACCUCUACUUGCGAUCUUUUGUCUACGAGACCACCUUUCGUGCUCCUCCUUCUCAUGGUUUUCAGCAUGAGUCUCAACGUCAAGGGUAUGGAGAUGACCGAUAUCUCAAACCCUACCAUGCAGCUCAGAUCGUUGAUCCCGUUUUCUCGAACCUCAACAUCUCGCAAUGGACUUCUGUAACAUCAGACAACCACCUUUUAAGAAAGCUGCUCAAUUCAUAUGUCAUGUUCCAACACGCUUGGACUGCUUCCUUUCAAAUGACAUAUUUCCUCAAAGAUCUCGCGUCUGGACACACUCGGUUCUGCUCGUCUCUGCUAGUCAAUGCUGUGCUUGCAGCCGCAUGCCAUAUGGAUCGUGACGUUCCAAACCGUGCCAAAUUUUGGAUCCCUCAGAAUCUAGGAUACCAAUUCCUGGCGGAGGCAAAGAGACUCUGGGAAUUAGAGAGCCGGAAGAGCGCCAAAACCCUGACGACGAUUCAAGCGGCCGUCCUUCUUAGCAUCGUGGCAAUCACGACAGCUAUGGAUAAGGUUGGCACGUCAUAUUUGAUGCAAGCCAUAGUCAUGGCCAUGGAUCAAGAUAUGUUCAGCCCUACUACAGGCACGGACAACGAGAAGCUGAGGAGAGCACGGGCAUUUACUGCCUGGGGAUUGUUUUGCUGGCAAGCUUGGCAGCAGUUUUACUUCACCAUGCCCCCAUUAAUCAGAGAAGCCCCAGCGUUCCCGCUGCCCGAUCCCACGGUUGACCCUCAAUGGUAUGGGGAGAUAUGGAUACGCUAUCCAAUGAGCCAGACGGUAUACCCUGUUCAUCUCGGCACUACUAUCAAAUGCAACUUCGAGCUACGCAAGAUGAUGAAUGCCAUGGCAUCGGAGCUUUUUGAAGAGGAUAAGCCUCCCAUAGUGACGCCCGGGGAAAUUCUAGAAUGCAAGUCUAGAUUGGAUAUGUGGUUCACUAACCUCCCAGACCCGCUCACCCCGACAAAAAUUGUGCUGCCAGACCAAAUCAAAAUUCACUUGGAGUAUUAUGGUACCAUUAUGGUUCUCGUGCGCCUCCUGAUACAGUCAGGAACCACAUUGGACCUCACAUGGCAAAACGUCAUUACCCAUGCAGAGGUUCGCCUUGAGACUCUACUACGACUCUAUUACCUCCGUCAUAGCUACGAGUCAUACGACCCAUUACUGAUGCAUUGGCUGGUGUUUUUGGGCGACAACAUGCUUCUCAAGCUCGGCAAUACAGAGGGUUUAGGUUCAGAUUCAUCCACAUCAGUACCGACGAGAACGUUGCCCCCCGCGACCUUCGAAUCAUUACGGUCGACGCUAAUUCUUUGUGCCAAGGGUCUCUAUGAUCAAGCCCGCAAUUACCAUAUUGCGGUACUUGUAUACCGACUCCUCCGUGACCGCAUGAAGGCCAAUGAUGUUGACCUGCUACGGACACACAUCUUCGCGUCAUCACCUACAUCUUCCCCACCCCCAAGCAACGCUGCAACUGACGACGAAAACCUCAUGGUGCAGUACGUCCAGGCGCAGUGGGUGGCGCCCAUUGCGCCAUCCGUCACCGAUUGUAGUGCCCCCACUAGGAAAACGCUUGACUAUCUGUUCAAGCAGUACGAAAAAUUGACUCUAGACACGACUCCGGAAGAAGUGAGCGACGUGGGCAGCUCGACAGAGUCUUGAUCGUCAGUCUAGUAAAUGGUGUGCAUCUGAAAAGCCACAUCUAUGUGAAAUCGGCUCUUGCAAGCCAGCAUAUACAGCGUUUUCGCAACUUAUAUUUCCGAAUUAAGAGCACUCAUGGGCAAUACCUUAUACCUUUUCUAAGGAAACCACCCACUGAACUAAUACGCCCUUUCAGUUUUUGAUAACAGCAUUUUCAUUUUUUCUUGUUUUAUUCAUUUUUUGAGGUUACUUUGAUUCCAUUGUUCCAGUCAUCUUCCAUCUUACAUACCUAUAUCUUCAGCAUAGCAUCACCUCCUACGCAUCACGGCCAGUCAAGGCGGGUGGGGGUUUAUAUACAUACGAGUUUCAUGAGGGACAACCUUCUGCAUAUCCUUUUUUUUUUUUUUUUUUUUACUUCUCUCUCGGCACGAAACUUUAGGAUGAAUAUAUAUAUUUACGGUACCUUCUUAAUAAGGGCAUUUGUAUACCUGGGUAGUAGGUAUGCAGAAACCACUAACGGAGAUUGUUGUUAAUGGGAAUCAUAGAAAAAGAAAAAGAAAGAAACGACCUUCCAUCAUCAUCAUCAUCAUCAUCAUCAUCAUC